AUGAUUCCGUGUCGACGAAAGCACCCAGUUCUUGGCUGCAACUUGCACCGAAUACCGGAUGGUCGCGAUCCUGCUGAGCUUUCGUACAACUACCACACCUGGGCAUGCUGGACUGAAUCGGCCAGGCCAGCGAAUAAUCGCUCCACACGUCUCCAUCCAAGCCAUGAGAUGCCGAGGAGCGAGCGGAUACGGCUGCGUGCCAGCAGCUCGGGCACCACCCUCCCUCAUACCAUGUGGCUAAAGCCCGACUCGGCGACCUGA